AUGCUCCUCUCCAAGACGCUCGCUCUCUCGGCCCUCCUCCUCCCCCUCGCGCUCUCGUCGCCCCUCGUCUCUCGCCAGGACAUUACCGCCGUCGGCGACUCAGGCAACACCAACAUCAACACCCCCGUGCCCGCGCCUGUCGACGGUGGUAACGCGCCUGUUGACACUGGCAACAACGGUGCCCCUGUCGACACCGGCAUCGGCGCCACUCCGGACACUACGGGCACCGGUGCCACUCCCGCCAACAACGGCAACAACGGCGCCAACACCCCCGCCGCCGGCCCCGACACCACUGACAACGGCGCCAACACCGGUGCCACCCCCGGCAACACUGGCAACAACGGCACCCCCGCUCCGGCCCCGGCCCCCGCGGCUGACACCGGCAACGGCGGUGCCACCGGCACCACGGGCGCGCAGAACGGCGGCGCGGCCGACUCGCCCGCCCCCAACCCCGCCCCCGCUCCCGCCGCUACCGGCGGCAACGACAACACGCACGGCGGCGCAACCAACAACGGCGCCCACACCGGCGGCAACGGCGGUACCAAGGGCUCGCACGGCACCAAGGGCAGCAACAACAACGGACACACCAAGGGCACUCAGGCGGCCGCCACGCACAACUCGCCCGCCGAGGCCGCGACCCACAACUCGCCCGCCGCUGAGGCCACUCACAACACGCCCGCGGACAAGCCCGCCCCCGCGCCGGCUACCCACAACCCCGUGCCCGAGACUUACGCCCCCGCGCCCGCCACGCACGCGGCCCCCGCCGAGACGCAGCCCGCACCCGAGCCCAAGCCUGCCCCCCAGCCUACGCGCGCGGCCGACACUCCCGUCCCCGCCCCGCACACCAAGGCGUACGCUACCCCCGCCGAGGCGGUGGCCACCCAGCCCGCGACCGCCGCUCAGACCGAGGCCGCGACCGCCGCGCACACCGCUGCACACACUGCGCCCGCUGACCUCACUGUCGCCGAGGUCUCGGGCACUGCUGCUGCCUCUGAGGCUGCCUCCGGCUCUGCUAGCGACAUUGGCGCCCGCACGACCCUCACCUCCAAGGUCCCCCACUCCAAGGUUUCCGCGCUCGCGUCGGCGUCGGCCGCGUCGUACUCGGCCCUCUCGGCGCUCCCCCUCUCGUCGUUCUCGGACAUCCCACCGACCCUCACGCCCGUCAACUUCUCGACCUCGGCCCUCGCGACCUCGUUCUCGACCUCGUCGGCCACCCCCACCGUCGCGACCGCCACUGCCAACGCGCUCGUCACGACCCCCGCGACCUCGAACAUCCCCCACGCGGCCUCGGGCGCCCAGCGCACGGCGGCCAGCGUCGGCGCCGUCCUCGCGCUUGCGGUCCUUGCGCUUCUCUAG